ACCUUUAUUCUCUAGUGCUUCCGUCAUUCAUCAGAACAAUAGUGUAAGAUACGUGAGAAUAGUUAGUUGUUGAGCAGCAAAAAUGGAUGGCAAAAUGGGGGAGAUGCGGCAGGAGCUGCUCGAAGAAUUCGGCUCUGAAGAAUAUCCUUAUGUUAAAACCGUUAAAAUCUCGUCACUGACCACCGAAAAAUUGACAAAAAUGUUAAAAGAGAAGGAUAUUCCCUUCGAAGAUUCCAUGGAACGCGAGCAAUUGGAAGAGCUAUUGAAAUUCGCAAUGGGUGGUGGUGACGAAAUCGUUGAAAUUGAGGUGGUAAAAAUUGAUCGGAUGUCGUAUGACCAAUUGAAGGAGGCCCUUGCAAAAGUGACCAAACCGAAGAAAUCCAUACGUGAGAUACAACAAGAGUUGGCGGAAAAUUGUGGAUUUGGUGAAGCAAUCAUAUGGGACCAGUUAGACAAAAGUGACAGCAAAGUUAUGAAAAAGAAAAUAAAGCAACUUAUACCUGAUCAAGAAAAAGGACAAAAAUCUAUUGAAAAAAUGCGAGAAACUCUAUUCAAUAGUGUAUGGGCCCAACGUAAAUACACAAAUGGCAGUUCAGUGACUUCCAUAUUCUAUGUUAUGGUCACCAAUGAAGAAGAUUUUAAUAUUGCUCCGGAAUCGACUAAGUUUUCAUGCCAUCCAAUAUUUCGUUGCAGAAAGUGUAAUGCCAAUUAUGACAGCAGUAAAUGUUGCAUGGUUUAUGUGGAUGAAGUUGGACGUGUUUAUCAGAAUUGGAAAUCGUUUGUUGAUAGUAAUGUUUUACCAGCCGGCACUAUGGUAUCACCUCGUCGUGGAGUUUAUAAUUUUGAUCAGAGCAACAAGGUGAUUUUGGAUGUUUAUGCUACUCCUAAUGGCAUGACAAGCAAAAAAGUUUUGAAUGUGGCGCAGACUGGUUCUGCAGUAUUGGGUGUGGGUGCAGCAUGUGUUCCCCUGGCUGCUUUGGCACUGCCUGUAGCAGCACCGGUAAUGGCGGGUGCUGCUAUCAUUGGCCUUGGGGUUGGGGCAUUUUCGAGUAUAACAUCGGCCCUUAAUUUAAGAGAUCGAGCUGUACAUGAGCAGUCAUUAAGUGUAACGGAUAGUCAGGCAAGAUCCAGUUAUUUUGGUUUGGCCGGAGGAUUUUUAGGUAUGGCAUCUGUGGGGGCAACUCGCUUCAUGACAUCAAUGGCUGCAACAGGAAAAGCUACAGCGGGCAUAGAGGUAUUUGUGAAUAGCCUUAACAUAUCUAGCAUUGUACUGUCUGGUAGUGGCGUUGCCAACGGUGUUUUGGACCUGAUUUUUAAAUAUCAAGAUGAUGAUGAGAUAUCUGCAUUGGAUGUCUUACAAUUAUCUGCAUCAUUGGUGCUGUUUACUCAUUCGUUGUACAACUUCCAAUUGGCUUCGCGAAUUGCAAACGAGGCACGAACAAAUUCUAUAAAAAGUUACCGUGAAACUUUAAGUAAUCGACAAAGACGCAUGUUCGACAAAAUGUCCAAAGAAACUAUUCGCAUACGUGGAGAUAAGCAGGGAAAAAUUGAUAUUGUUCGCAACAUAAACAAAAUUCCGGAUCGCCAGUACCUAAACGAUUUAUUCAAAGUGAACAAAAAUUUGAAUGAAGCCAAGGUAAGACCAUCUUUCGGUGGUGAUGGCAUUGUUCUGAAUAACGAAAUGCCCAUUGAUGCCGGGGUACUUCGACAAAAUGUUAAUUUAUUGGAUCAAGUCGCCAGUCCUAUACCACAAACACAUUCCAGUGGUGAGUCAGCUGUGCAUUCUGCCCGUAUGUUGUUCGUUACCAAUGGUGUUGGCACGCGUAUGCAUGAAAGCGUUCAUUUACAAGAUACCCUAAACGAUUAUAGCUUCUCCGGAAGGCUCAGAGAGAAAUUCGAAGGCCUCGUCAUAGUCUUGGCCAAUGGUGCCCUAAUGUAUUUGUCUCAAUGCAAAGAGAGCUUUCUGCAAAACAUUGUCGAUGGAGAAAGUUUCGAAGCUGUCAUCUUGAGUAUGGCUCAACAUUUGUCAGAGCAAACUUUUAAAUUUCUUUUGGAUUUGGCACAACUAUUUAUCAACGAUAUGUUGGAUGAUAUUGUACGCGUUUUAGGAUUUAUUAUUCCUACCGAAUCGGUGCUAUAUCGCAUACUUGAAUUUGUUUCGUCAAACUAUAAAGAUUUUAGCUAUAAUUUUAUUGUUGAAAAGGGUGACGAGAUUCUUGUUCAUAUUAAAAAUUAUUUCUCGUCACUAAAUGCCAAUUGCACAAACAAAAAUAAAUUGGUACAAUGCACAGAAUGUGAAGGUCACUACUUUGUAUGCGCUUUAUAAACUUUCAAAGGCGAAUCAGUUCCAUGAAAUCACAAAACCCAAUCACAAAGAGGCAGCACAAUAUAUUAACGAUCCCCACUGCAGUCGAGCUUACGCAACGAUAUAGACCAAGGAUCAUACCUGGCCAAGUACGGCUCAACAGCAAUAGCUAUGUAUUCAUUUAUGAACGAUUACGAUGCGAUAAUCAAAAGUAAAUAUACUAACAAUUUAUGUGAUAUUAUUCAUGACAUAACAAGCUAAAGUGCCUUAUAUGACAUCGAUGUUGAAGCAAAUUUGUUAAGUUUUUUUUUUUUAUUUUGUAAAUAUUAAAAAAUAUUUAAUCAUGAUAAUAAAACGUAUUACGAAAGAAGGAA